AUGCAAGAGCCAAAAUGCUUAUAUCUCAUGAAGCAGACUCCUUACGGGCAUGGUCUCUUCGCUACUGAACUUAUCAAACCCGGCACGCUCAUCAUUCGCGAAAAGCCGGUUCUGACUGUUUCACAGUCCGAAGCAAAAGCAAAAACGGAGUACAGAUGCGUUAUCGAUCAAGUAUCCCGGUUACCUCCUGUUGAUCAACACAGGCUUAUGGGCUUGUAUCACAAUCCGAAGAAAUUCCGAGAGUUUUCUUUCUUGAAGGAUCAACUAUGUCCCGGCACGGACCUUGAUUGCUGUCUUGUCCUGGCUAAGUUUUACACCAACGCUGCGAGUAUCACGGCCGGAGGUCUAGAAUGUGGCUUGUUUACCGAGUUCUGUCGUAUGAACCACUCAUGCACACCAAAUAUCUGUUGGGUAUACGAUGAGCCGUCGGGAAUGAUGGAAGUCUACGCUGUGAGAGAUAUUGCCGCGGGCGAAGAGAUUACCAACUCAUACAUCGAAGUCGCAUGUUCAUACCAAGCAAGGAUGAAAGAGCUAUCGAAUUGGGGAUUUACCUGCGAUUGUUCAGCGUGCGAAGGACCUGAGGCUGCGAAACACGAUGAGAGAAGACGAAGAAUUGGUCAGAUCAGAGGUAUACUGGAUAUCUAUCGGGACACCAAGCACGACUUGGAAAAGCCCAGAUUUGCCGAAAUUCCCAAAACAGAUUUGGAAGCUUUGAAGCUUGCUGAGGAGAACGCCGCGUUGCUUCAAGAAGAAGGACUGGUUGAGCAGUUGGGCGUUACAUAUGGCUGGUGUGCAAAGUUUGCAAAAGGAGCUGGAAUGCACGAGCUUGCGGACGAUUAUGACGAGAAGGAAUUUGAGAUACUCGAGAUAACUACAGGAGAGUACGUGGAGUGA